AUGAAUACAAAUAAUUCGAAUUUAAAACGAACACAUUCAAUUGAAGAUACAAAACAAUCACCAACAAAAAGACAAUUUCGUAAUGAAAAUGAAAAACGUCGUCGAGAUUUAUUUAGUCAAUUAGUUUCGAAUUUAGAAGAUAUUCUUAAUAUUGAUAAAAAAUCUUCAUCAGAUGAUCAAACAGAUAAAACAUCAACAUUAACAAAUAAAUUAGAUAAAGCAUCAAUUUUAUGUGAAACUGCUAUUUAUUUAAGAAAAAAUCAUCAUAAAUUAACAAGUGGUGAAACAUUAAUUCCAAUAUCAAAUUGUAAAACAACAAUUGAUCAAAUAAAUGAUAUUGUGGAUUUUUCUUGGAAACCACCAUCAAAUAUUCUUAUUAAUGAAGAAUGGAUUCAAACAAUAAUUGAAUCAAUUAAUUGUUUUUUUCUUGUUGCUAAAUCUGAUCCAUAUAAUUGUCAAAUUGUUUAUGUAUCAAAAAAUAUAAGUUCAUUACUUGAUUAUUCUCAAGAUGAACUUCUUAAUCGUUCAUUAUUUGAAUUUAUUUUACCACGUGAUCAUGAUCAAUUACGGGAUUAUUUUUUACAAGAUCAUAGAGUAUUAUCAACAUGUGAUUUAUCAUGGAAACGAGCAGCAACUGAUGAAUAUGAACAAUGUACAAUAAUUGGAGCAUUUCGACAAAUUAAUAAAGAAAGAGAAGAAAAUGAUGAAAAAUAUUUAAUGUCAAUUGUUAAAAUAAAUACAUUAGAUAGAACAACUAUAAUUGAUAAUAUUAAUUCAAUUAAUCAAUUUACAACUCGUUUAAAUCUUCAUGGAAGAUUUAUUCAUAUUGAUCCAAAAGCUCGAGAAUUUCUUGGUUAUAAUUCAUAUGAAUUAAUUGGUCAUACACAUUUUGAUUUUGUUCAUCCAGAUGAUUUACCAAUUAUUGUUCGAGCACAUCAAUUAUGGAAAACAAAUGGAAAUGGUCAAAGUGAACCAUAUAGAUUUUUAAGUAAAGGUCAACAAUGGAUUUAUCUUCAAACAAAUUGUCAAGUUCAAUUAAAUAGUUGGACUGGAAAACCUGAAUCUUAUAUUUGUACAACUAAUCCUUUACAAAAUUCAAGUGAUUGUUUACAAAAACCAUUAUCAUAUAUAUUACCAUCUCCUCAAACGACUAUUUAUUCAAAUCCAUCUCCUUUAACAACAACAACAACAACAACAACAGCAAAUACAACGGCAAGAUCAAUACCACAAAGAAGUGAUUCAUCAUCGGACACUCAAAUAACAUCAUUUUUAUCUCAUCUUGGAAAUGAAACAUAUCGAAGAAAUAUUCGAGAAAAAUUAAAUGAACGUCGAAUACAUAAACAAGCUGAAAUACGUGUUAGAGAAGAAGAAAUUAAAGUUAUUGAAGAUAUUAUUCAAUUUAUUAAUGAAUUUGAAUUAAAACGUUUUAAAAAUCUUUCACCAAAACCAAUCAAUUCUUCUUUACCUGUUUCUUUAACAACAACAACAACAAAUAAUGAUUCAAUAUCUCAAUUAAAUCAACAAGAUUCUAUAAAUGAAGAUGAUAGAUUAGAAACAAUAAAUAAUUCAACAUUAUUAAAUUGUUCAUCAUUACCAAAUACAAUUAAUGAUUUAUCUCAUCGAUAUUCAUCAAUUAAAUCUCGACAUAAUUCAUCAAUAGAUAAUCAAAAUAUUCGUUUAUCAAAAGAUGAAAUUACAUUCGAUACAUUGACUAAUUCACUAUUUUCUCCUCAACAAGGAACAUAUUGUUUAUCAUCACCAAUGACACCAUUUUCAAUAUUAUCAUUAUCAUCACCAAUAACUCCAAUUCCAUUAUCGACUUCUCCAACAUCAACACAAAUAACAACAAUCGAAUCAUCACAAUCAAUACCACCAUCGACUAAUAAUAUAACAACAAUAAAUAAUUGUAAUAAUAUCAUAUUAUCAUCAUCUUCAAUUGAUCCAAUAACAACAACAACAACAACAGAUCAAAAUCCAAAUAUAAUUUCAACAGAAAAACCGUCAAUAAAAUCGUCUUUUAACCGUUCAUUACCACAUAGUCUUGUUUCGUGA